UGCUAUUGUUCUGAUUCCAAACGAGACCCAUGCCAGUGGAAGAUGCAGACGCCGCCAAGCGAGUCAAGCUGGACAUGCAGCAGCAACAGCACCAGCAACAGCAGCAAGCACAAAGCCCAAGCACAGGCAUGAUGAGUGCUGAGGCGCGGAGGAGCGCAGCGGCCCAAACACUCGCGCAGAUACGAACGCAGCAGCGCCCAGUCGGAUACGGACUGCCUGGCAACCGACGCGGCUCUGUGGGCUCGCCUAUGGGCUCGGCUCCAAGUGACGCUGCUGGCACCGCUCGUGGUAGCAGUAGUAGCGUGGAAGGAGGAGGAGGAGGAGCGACGGGAUUGCCGAGCGGCCGUCCAAGCACGAGCAGUAGUAGCUAUUCUGGCGGUACCUACACGACCAGUGGCAGCAGUGGCACGCCGUCCGUGCUGGAUUCGGCGCUGGCAGCCAUCCAGUCGCAGGCACGCGAGGCGCCACCAAGACCAGUCGAGCUGCCGCUGCACUUGAACGAGCGCGCCAACCCGCACAUUGCCCAAGUCUGGCUCAACCAAGGGUACGAGUCGCGCCGAAACCUCAGUUUCCAUCGCACACUGCGGCCAGACGCGCCUCGAAUGGCGUACCGGCGACGCAAGCACGAGACCAAGUCCGUCAUCCACUGGGGCGAGCGCAAGAUGCUGAUGAGCGAGAUUGAGUUCCUGUCGCUGUACGGCACGCCAGAUCGCCUUGUCGUGUACGCAGGAGCAGCUCCCGGCGGCCACAUGCAGUACCUUGCCAGCUUCUUUCCGCACCUCAAGUUUGUCGGCGUCGAUCCUGCUCCAUUCAAGAUCAAGCAGACCGAACAAAUCUCCUUCCGCCAGCAGUACUUUUCCAACGAGCUGGCGCAAGAGUUUCUCGGCAAGGGCGUUCUCUUUAUCAGCGACAUUCGGUCGCCCGACGACGAAAUUGAGGCCCAGGCCCAGGCAGACAUGGCUGCGCAGAUGCGAUGGCACGAAAUCAUGCAGCCGCACCGAAGCAUGCUCAAAUUCCGGCUCCCAUGGAACGAGGGCCAGACCAUGUAUCUGGAUGGCGAAGUGUACUUGCCCGUCUGGGGGCCCAUCACCACGACGGAGGCGCGGCUGGUCACCCACGCUGACUCGACCGCCUUGCGGGCCUACGACAACAAGACGUACGAGGAGCAAAUGUUCUUUUUCAACACCGUCCAGCGCGUGGCCCUGUACGAGCACCCCAUUCGCGGACAAGGCAUCGACUGCUGCUAUGACUGCCGCGCCGAAGUUGAAAUCCUCGGGCUGUAUCUGCAGCAGGUGCGCAAGGUCGAUCCGGUGCGCACCGUGGCUGAAAUCAGCAGACUGUCCGCCGAAAUCUCCAAAAACAUGGGGACUGCGGGUCGCACGCUCGCCUCGCCCAAUUCAGACCCCGAGGAGCGCAAGCAGCUGAAUCAACGGGGCCAAUGGGGGCAUGGCUGGCAGCGGCCGUACGCGUCGCAGCAGCAGCCGCCGCAGCAGCCGCCCCCGGCCUCAGCAUCGCAAUCACAAGUGCAACAACCUCAGUACCAGCAACAGCAUUACCCGCCGACGGCACACAGCCAUCGCUCCUCCGAUGAGCCAAGCCAGAGCCCACCACCGCCAAAUCCGUUCGACCCGCAGAGCCAGUCGCGCGACGGUCAGAUGCCUCUCGAAGAACUGGCAGAUCCGUUAGACCCAGCUGUAGUCGCAGCUGGCACCCUCCCGCCAGCCAAACGAUCACAGGCUGAAUUAGCAGAGUCCGACCGUGAGCUUGACGGGUCGUUUGCAAGUUAAUCCCUUUUGUUUCAUUUUUUUUUUGGUACUUGGUGUGUUUCAAUUUUGUUUUUUGUUUUUAAUGAACGA